AACAGUAUAACACUAAUUUUUCCUGCUACCCACCACUAUCGGAUAAUAUGUGAAGUGAAUUAUUACUGUCUUUUUAUUUCGACCCUAAGUUAGGACUAGGCCUAGGCUUGUAAAUUCGAGAUGACUUCAGGUUUAUUGUCUGCUGAAUUAUCAGCAGCCUGCAACUCCUUAGGCUUUUGGUCCGGAGGAUCCUACACUAAAAACAUUUAUUGUAAAGAGACAAUCAUUGACUUCAUUAGAUUUCUACGCUCAGAUACAGAUCGGGCCGUUAGAAAGCACCUUGGACAAGCCAAAAUCCUUCAAACAGAUCUUAUUCCUAUACUAAUUGAACACUCAGAAGAUGAGGAUCUCUUUUACGUACUUUUACGACUGCUUCUCAUCCUUACAUCCCCUGUGCUUAUGGUUUAUGAAGAGGAAUUACCACAAGAACGGGACAAAAGAUGUGAAUUCUUAGAAAUCCUCUCCCACUUGCAAAGUUAUAAAGAAGCUUUCACAAAGAAAGAAGUGUGGGAGGUUCUGACUUCAAAGCUUGAAAAGCUGUUGGAAAUUCCAUAUGAAGAUAGGGACGAAGACCACACAAAGACCAUAGAAAGGAUCUUAAUCCUGGUAAGGAACGUGAUGGAAGUACCUGUUGACGAAGCUGCUGAGAACCGCCCGGACAAUGAUGCCAACAUUCAUGACCAAGUUCUAUGGUGUAUGCAUCAAUCGGGGAUGGUGGAUCUGCUUCUAUUCAUAUCCUCUACUAGACAAGAACAACAGUUCUACUUGCAUGUGUUGGAGGUAACAGUAUUAAUGCUUAGAGAGCAAACUCCUAAAUCUUUGGCUGAAGCUACAGUUGAAAGAAGUGUUGACGAGAAAGAAAGAGAUGAAAAAGAACUCCUUGAUAUCAGAAGAAAGGAAAAACUAGAAAAAGAGUCAAAAAUGAAGAAAUAUGCUAGCGCUAGGCAUUCGAGAUUCGGAGGAACAUUUGUCGUUGAUGGUGUAAAAUCAAUCAGUGAAAAUGAUGUGAUUUUUCACAAGCCCCUAGCCAAGGCAAUGUCCCAAUCCUCAUUGUUUGAAAAGCAACGUGCCAGAAUCCCAAAAAACAAGCAGGCAAUGAAAGACAACAAGCCGAAGCGACGAUCACCUUUCAGUGUGCGGCUGUUUUUAAAAAAUUAUUCCAUUGAGUUUCUUAAUGGAGCGUAUAAUACAUUGAUGCGGAAAGUUAGGGAAAAUCUUGUACGAGGGAAAAACAACAAAGACGAUGAGAAGUACUACUUUUGGGCCAUGAGUUUUUUUAUGCAAUUCAACCGACUGUACAACUUUCAAGUGAAGUUAAUAAGUGAAACAAUGGAUCAGGAGAUAUUCCAUUUUCUGUACACACGAAUGGAAACGUGGCUUGAAGAAAUGGUGACUGACAAGAAACAUACUGCAGAGUAUUCAAGGAAAAUCCACUCUGGGCUGAAAGCUUAUCAGGAGCUUUUGAUGACCCUUCAGUAUAUGUUAGCGUGUAGCGACUCUUCUGUACAAAAAUCAGCAGUUACCAUUGAGAGAAAAGUCUUCUAUCAGAGUGAAUACAGAGAGUUAAUCAUCCACCUUUACAACGUGUUUACUCCAAUCAAGUUCUCCAGGCUUUACUUAAAGGAUCUAGUAGAAACCACCCAUCUCGUCCUGAAAAUGCUGGAGAGAUUCAGCAAAAUUCACAAAACUAUGAUCGUUCAGGGAAAGCCUGUGAAGAAAACGUCAAAAAAGAAAAAACAAUCUAAGAAGACUGUUCCAGUCAAAGUCAACCUAGACUCCGCCUGGGAGAAAAUUGGUCCGGAGUUAUCGGCACUGCUUGUGACCGAUAUUGAAAUUCCACUCGAUGAAAUACCAUUUCUCUCGGGCUCCCCCAUGGAAGAGGAAAAGAUCAAGUUUAUGAAGAGUAUAAAGGCGGAGUUAAUGGCAGGAAAUCUGGAAAAGUCUAUUGGAAUGAUAAGAGAAGCAAGAAUCUAUUGGCCAGAAAAUAACAGUUUUGGUCAGGCUGACAUGGGCCCCGAUGAAGAGUUUUUGGUGAUGCGAGAAAUAUUCUUUACCGAUCUCGGUGAACUUCCAGAAGCUGCAAUUCCCUCCGAUAACACCACAGACGAGGAAGCGGAUGAUGAAGAGUCUGAGGCCCAAAACAUCGAAAUACCUGACACAGUCUUCAAGUUUACUGACUUUCUUGGAAGGUUUGCUUGCCCCAAAGUCUUGUCUGCAGCCUCUAUGUUGUUGGAAACUUUUGAGUCUAACACCGAUGAAACAAACCAUUGCAUUGUGUCGCUGUUCUAUAGAGUCGCAUAUGACUUAAGACUGCCACAAAUGCUUUUCCAGGCGUCAUUGUUUAGGACGUUUCGAAGAGCGUUAGAUUCCAAAGACGCUCGAUACUGGGAAAUCCAUGCAUUGGCAGGAUAUAUAAUGAAACGGUUUUGUUGCUUGAAGGAAGGGAAUAGAAGGAUAUGUCUGGAACUUUUAUUUUGGAAAUCAAAGAAGGAAGCGUAUGAAAUUGAGAAUGGAUAUGGCUCAGCUGAAAUAAAUGCACAUUCGGCCAAGAACGUAUGGACAGAAGAACAAGAGGAUGAGUUACGACAUCUUGCUGCCGAAUACGAGGAACCCCCUGCAAAAGAAGAACCAGACGCAGUCUCUUGGAUCAUGCAGAAUAUGAUAAACAAGUCAAGAAGCCGAAGAGCUGUUGUAAAGAAACUAAAAGAGCUUUACCUCUUUGUAGGCAAUAUGAAACCAAGAUCCAAGAAACUAAAAGAAAUGAGUGAAGAUGAAGUUAAUGAAUUAAGAGGUCUUUUUGAAUUCUACAAAGAGAACCAAGAUCCAAUGAACUGCAUUUUGGGUCGUCUGUCAGUGCCUAGAAGUAGAAAAGUAAUAUCUGACAAGCUUAUAGAGUUGGGUCUAAUCACUGAUAAAACACAGUUGAGGAAGAAGAGGACAGCAGGUGGAAAAUCCAAACAGACGGGCAAAAAAGGAAAAGAGUGGGGUGAAAGGAGUGAUGAUGAGAGUAUAUAUGACUCUUGGUCAGAGGAGGAAGAUCCCGAAGCUGUGUUACGCAGAAAGGAGACAGAAAGAGUUCGUGCGGCCCCCCUUCUUCCCCAGAUAUUUGUUGUUUUGAAGAAAGCUGUAGAGUUGGGUGAUGUGGUGAAGAUGCCUUUUGACUGGCUAAUAUCUGAACUUGGGGAGUUUUUGAAAGAUCUGCCAGACACUGAGGAUGAGGACAGCCAAAAUGAAGGCAUGGCAUUGGUCCCGAUAAGUGAUCCCAUCAUUCACGCCUUUGAGAACAUCCCUAUCCUCCAACAAGUCCUGCAUAUCCUGUCUUUUGAAAAACCGAAGGAUCAAGUAAAGUAUUGGAGAAUCCCUGGUACGUGGAAAGAAAAAGAAAUCGGUGAAAGAAUCAUGUGGCUCAACAAUGCCUUGAACGGAGAUUUGCCUGAUACCAGCCAAGACCUAGAAGAAGAAGUUAUAUCUCUGAAUACUGAAGACCGAACAUAUGUACAACCUAAUGUGUCUGACAGGAAUCUCAAAAGCACUAGCAACAACAGUCCCUAUCUAAAAAGGACCAGAAACAUAGUUGAUUAUUCAAGUUCUUCAGAGGAAGACCUGGAUAAUUCUAAACCAGGUCCAUCUCUACCUAAAAGCCUAUCAAAAAAAGGGAAGUACAAGAAUGAUUCAGACAAAGAAAAUCACCAGCAAUCAAAAAUUAUUGAUGCGAACAUGACAGACACAAGUGAAAAUGGUAGCAUCAAGACAAACCGGAAAAAACGUUUUAUGCGUUUUGAAUCAGAUUCCGAAGAGGAAGAAAGUCGCAAAGCUAGAAUUUCUAACGAUUCAAAUUUAGUUGAAAAUAAUGCUGACUUUGUAAAAAACUCUGAUAGUGAACCAGUGGUUUCCUCCCCUUUUGAAAUGAAGUCAGAGAAUAGCAAGCUGAAAAGAAAAAGACAAAACAAUGUCAUAUAUUCUGAUGAUGAUUCCAACAUCAUCGUAGAAAAAGAGACUGCUGAAGACAGUAAAAGACCUAAAAUUCAGGUUGAUGCUCAUCCAUCCAAUAAGCAUGAAGUUGAGCUAUCAAAAGGUUUAGUAAAAGAAGUACCAAGAAUGGACGUUGAGAAUGUAACGCCUGCUAGAAGUAUCCUCGAUGAAAUUUUUGAUCCUGCCCAGAAUUUUAGUUCACAGGAUUAUAGUCCUCGACAGGAUGUUAGUCCUCUACAGGAUGAUAGUCCUAACUUUGUUUCUACCCAAUCGGAUGAUUUUGAAGGUUGCCCACAACGCGAUUAUUUGGAAGAUGCCAUGUUGGCAUCUUGUGCUAAUGAUCCAAAUUUAGUUGAAAAUAAUGCUGACUUUGUAAAAAACUCUGAUAGUGAACCAGUGGUUUCCUCCCCUUUUGAAAUGAAGUCAGAGAAUAGCAAGCUGAAAAGAAAAAGACAAAACAAUGUCAUAUAUUCUGAUGAUGAUUCCAACAUCAUCGUAGAAAAAGAGACUGCUGAAGACAGUAAAAGACCUAAAAUUCAGGUUGAUGCUCAUCCAUCCAAUAAGCAUGAAGUUGAGCUAUCAAAAGGUUUAGUAAAAGAAGUACCAAGAAUGGACGUUGAGAAUGUAACGCCUGCUAGAAGUAUCCUCGAUGAAAUUUUUGAUCCUGCCCAGAAUUUUAGUUCACAGGAUUAUAGUCCUCGACAGGAUGUUAGUCCUCUACAGGAUGAUAGUCCUAACUUUGUUUCUACCCAAUCGGAUGAUUUUGAAGGUUGCCCACAACGCGAUUAUUUGGAAGAUGCCAUGUUGGCAUCUUGUGCUAAUGAUCCAAAUUUAGUUGAAAAUAAUGCUGACUUUGUAAAAAACUCUGAUAGUGAACCAGUGGUUUCCUCCCCUUUUGAAAUGAAGUCAGAGAAUAGCAAGCUGAAAAGAAAAAGACAGAACAAUGUCAUAUAUUCUGAUGAUGAUUCCAACAUCAUCAUAGAAAAAGAGACUGCUGAAGACAGUAAAAGACCUAAAAUUCAGGUUGAUGCUCAUCCAUCCAAUAAGCAUGAAGUUGAGCUAUCAAAAGGUUUAGUAAAAGAAGUACCAAGAAUGGACGUUGAGAAUGUAACGCCUGCUAGAAGUAUCCUCGAUGAAAUUUUUGAUCCUGCCCAGAAUUUUAGUUCACAGGAUUAUAGUCCUCGACAGGAUGUUAGUCCUCUACAGGAUGAUAGUCCUAACUUUGUUUCUACCCAAUCGGAUGAUUUUGAAGGUUGCCCACAACGCGAUUAUUUGGAAGAUGCCAUGUUGGCACAUUGUCAUCAUGAUUCAGAAAAUUCAAGUAUCCAUGUUUCCGACCAAGAAACACAACAAGAGCUAUCCCAGACCAUCGUACUGACUGAUUCUACACAGGAUGAUGUGUUGUCAAUUCGACAAUCCUCCCAGACUACUGAAGAAUCAGAUGAAGUUCAAAUUGUUUAUGACGCAAAACUAGAUAGUUAAAAGAUUUUUUCACAUGACCGAUAACUUUUUUAAUUAUGUUAAUUUGUAAUAAUUUGCAUUUUAGGAAAAUAACAUAUCACUCAUGAAGUUGUUACCUUUAUUUAUAAUUACAAUUUUCAAAAGACGCUUUAAAACAUAUUAAUUUUUGUUAAACACACCUGUAAUUUCAAAUGUACUACCUAAUAAGGGCGGUAGUUCUU